UAGCUUGCGUUUGCGUUGUCGAGUAUUAGUAAAAAUAAAAAUUGGAAAAUUCGAAAAGAAAAAUAAUUGUAGAACUAAUCUUAUGUAUUUUGUAUUACUUAUUGUGACAUUUUAAUUUACUUUCUUGCCGUGAUUAUAAAAUUUAGAAUAGUUAAGAUUUCGAAUAAAAACUUAAUAUGAACCAUUAUGCUAUAAUAAUUUCCGGGUUUCAUUUACCGGCCUAAUAUUUAUUGCAUUUUAUUAUCUACUAAAAUUGAUUUAGUUAAAAAUAUAUUUAACAAAUGUUAUGGCUCCUCCUAACAACGAUCGUCAACCAGGUCACACUGGUACCAUACCCAAGACUAAAGUAAGAAAUAAUUGUAAUGUACCCCAAGAAGCUGUGACUCCAACUAGGAGAGACAUGACCAGCAAUCUGGUUACGUCAUCUUUAGAUUGGGUUCCUGUGUCAGAAUAUAAUACAAGAUCUAAUUAUAACCAAACCAGGAAACCAUCAAAUAAUACAUCUGAACCUGAACUGACAGAUUUGGACAACUCAGUGUCAUUUGAGAGUGGAUUUGGAAGAUUUGUGCCUGUAAGACCGCAACCUCGUAUUCUACCCCUGACCGUACAGAAUCGAGAAAACAUAACUGAACACCACGAUGACGGUGCUGGUUCUAGCAUCUCAAAUCACAAUUUACAUCCAUAUGCUCAUCAAAUGCAAAAUGGAAUAAUCCCCCACUCUAAUCAUGCUGCAACUGCUGUGAUGAUUGUGAACCCUACUACACCUAAUGCAGUGAGUGGGAAUAUGUCACAACCUUUCAAUGCUCCAAGUCAGAACAGAAACAAUUUAUCAAGAAACUUAAAUUCAGCUCGCAACAACUUUGACAGUAAUAGCCAUUCAAGCAAUAACAAUUCUGCGCCCUCUACGUCCAACUCGAGAGUCGGAACAAAAACUGUUAACUUAAUGAACAACAUGUAUGAUCAGGGACAGGGCAACUUCAAUAACCUCAAUGAGAACAACCAUGUCCACCGUGAGUCAGCUCGAGCGUUGGGUGAAGCUAUAGUCGCGGCGUGUCCCGACGCCGCAGCAGUUGAACGACGGCUCGGACAAAUCAGAGAGUACAUUCGAGUGACGUCAUCUCUUGUUGACACCAUGCGCAAUUCCGAAGACGAAGCAUUUAUUGAGCACACGAAGGAAGAAUAUGACGAACUAGUGCAAAUGGUAAUGACUUUGAAAGAAAGUGAAAAUAAAUUGCAAAAUAUUUUGCUAGAGAAAAGGCCGGAUAAUGUAGAAGUACCUGCAGAUGAAACUGUAGAGGAAUCAAGUGCACAAGCUGAAGUAAUAGAUGAACAUCCUUGUAGCAAUAUGACUGGAUCUGAACAAUUAGAAAUUCUUGUUAAACCAGACAUAGCAAUAAGUGCUAAUGAUAAAAAUAUAAGCAACAGUCUUAAAAAAGUGACUAAUAUAGAAAAUGAACAAAUAAAUAAGUCAUUUCAAAAUAUAAAAAAUAUUGAUAGCGAAGACAAUACUGUGGAAACAGACCAAAUAGUAGAAAUAGAUUUGAAUAGUCAUUCUGAAAAUGUAGAACAUAUUGUAAAUACAAAUGAGAUUAAAUUUGUAAUAGAAGAAAUAGAAACUAUUCCGUGUCCUGUGCCAGAAGCUAAAAAAGAUGAUAAACAUCUGAAUGAGGUGUUAAGAAAAAAUAUUCUAUCUUGUGUUGAAAAGGUAGCAAUGAUUGAGGAAAUGAAAAGUAGAAACUCUAAAGAUUGUAGUAGCACCUACGACGAUAAGGAUCUUGUAACCAGACCAGUGUCAGUGCAAAGCAAUGGCUCUAUAUACAGUGAUAAUGAACUGUGGCAGAAUGAAAUUAAAAACAAAAUGGAGUUAUCACAGAUGCGUUUAGCUGCUCUUAAGCAGCAGCAGAAACGACUUCUGAAAUAUCAGGAGGAAGCAAAACAACAGUUGGACGAAAUUAACAGGGAAAGGCAGUCUCAAGAGAUUCACCCGUCGACUUCACAUGACAACUUUGGCGGCAUGCAGAACCAAUCGUUCGGCUACCAGCAUUCCCAGCGGCUGUACGCGGCGAAUCAGAUCGGCGUCGCGACCACACUGCCGCACUGCGACCUCGCGAACACCGACCAGCACUCCGCGAACUCCGCGCACAGCCACGACGAGCGCUUCGAGCAUCGCGACGCCAACAUCGCCAGCAGCGAGGAAGCCGAGACGACCAGACAAAGCGAGCAAUCGGACGAGGAGGGGCUCAGCGAGCGCAGCCGCGUGCUGCAGCUCAAGCUGCGUCAGCUGCAGGACAAGAAACAGCACAUGGAGAGUUUGGUAUCGGAAUUUCAAAAAUUGCAAAUGGCUACCCGUCUGGCUAGCUCCCACAAUACAUACUCGAGUUCCGGGGAAGAUAGUGCAGAUGAAGAACCGUCUCGUAAAUGUAACAAGACAGGUGGUAAUAUGAAGAAUGAAGAUCCAUUCAAACUCAUGGAAAUAAAGGCUAUUAAAACAGCACUGCAAAAGACUAAAGAUCUUAUGCGCUCAGUUGAAAAUUACGAAGCUGACCACUUGAGCAAUCACGAUGAUUCUUUCCAGAUGCCGGGGCAUUCUAACAUUCACGACAAUAAGUCGGAAGGCGGGUGGUCCAACGACGGCAGCAUGUGCCGCGUCCGCAACUCCCUGCCGCAGCGACACAAGUUCACCAACGAGCAACACGAACAACAACAGAUGCAACAGAACCAACAGCUGCAACAACAAAUGCAGCAAACCCAGCAGCUGCAACAACAGAUGCAGCAGAGUCAGCAGCAACAUCAACAGCAACAACAGAGUCAUGAAGCAAACUUAGCCUCAUUGCAAGAACUGGCACAAGAACUGCGAAUGGAAACUGAAAAAAUUAUGGGAGAGCGAGCUCGAAUCAAAGACAUGAUAUCUAAUAAAGAAGUGUCCCGCAAGCAAAAGUGCGUGAACGAGGAGGUGCGGGCCCCCGGCGCGGGCGCGGGCGCGGGCGCGGCCGAGCGCCGCCAGCUGCAGCUGCGAGCGCUGCUGGCCGACAAGCAGCGGGAGCUGGAGGCCUUGCUUAACAAGGAGAAAGUGCUAUGUGCUGCACCUGAAAGCCAGCAAAUGAAAGUAGACUCGAGGACGGCUUCUAUCGCCAACCAGUCUUACAACAGUGAACAAGAGGAGCCUGACUCGCGUUCGGAACAAAUAUUAUUGGAUUCGCAGACCUCUAGAGAGAAUGCAAGUUUCAGAUGCAUGUCGGCGGGCGGCGCGGAGAGGCCCGCGUACGGCAGCGACACCGACAGCGCCUCUAGAAACAAAUCUAAUCAAAGAAAUAGAGCUAGGCGGAGACAAGCGCAAGAUCGACAGCCUGAAGAAAAUAUUGUGGCUCCACAAUCCAAUAACGUCAGUCAAAAUAUACGACACGAACCGAGGUCGGAGCCGACCAACGUCAAUAUGGUGCCGCCUAUAACACAAAAUCCGGAUAGCACAGUCAAUAUGCCGUACCCGCCGCCACCCUGUUGGAACUCUAAGUCGAACCAGGAUAUGCGCAAUCAGUUCACACAGAAUAGCCAUUCACAAACCAUGGACCGUUUGAUGGGGACUCCUCCGAUGUCCUUCCCGCCAUCUUUGCCGUUCAACAUGAUGAUGCCAUAUGGUGUGAUGGGGGGCUGCAGCUGCGGCUGUGGGUUCUGGGGCGCGUGGUACUGGCAGCAGUUGGCGCUGCAGCAGCGCGAGAUCCACCAGCUCAGGGCGCAGCUCACACACUUGGAAGAGCGUUGGCGAGCAGAAACCGCUUCGCAUACUCUCAACAAUCAAGUGCCGCCGGGAAAUCGCGCCAAUAACUAUUGGGAUAACUUUAGAAGUUAUUCCCGACAAAAUCUACUCUCAGCCAAUAGCAAAACCAAUGCUGACGGGCACUUAGCAGUGGGACCUGCACACAACCCGCACCCGUUGGUGGAGCGAUCGCACAACACUUUACACCACACCUCCUCAUCCACUUCUCCGUCCAUCACUCCUAAGAGGAACACCAAUGCCGCUAGUUCCUCACAAAACGCUCCCACGCAAGUGUUACAAAACGAAGAAGUCCCCAAUCGACACGCAGCCCGUAGAAAUGUGGCUUACGAGCGAUCUCUAUCGUUCUCCUCUGCUCCUGAUGUGUUGAACGUCAACCAGAACAUGGACACGGAUAGUGGAAACGCGACGCACUCUAGAAACAUCGAUGAUAACACCCCCACUGUUUCCAACGUUAAUAUCAAUCGACAGGAACCCGCACCAAAUCCAUUUAGAAAUCUCAAUAUAACCAGCCCCAUACCCGAAAUCAUCCAGUCUCACUCCAACAAUCUAAACACGAGCGCGAGUAAGAAAAAGUCCUCCUCUAAACUACCGGCGAAAAACUCCACAAACAGAAGAAAUUACACAUUAGAUUAUUCUCAGACCAGCAACAUCAACAUCGCGAGCACCUCCGAGACGCCCAAUCCGAAUUUAGCUUCCACCAGCCGCGAGGUUCACGAUAAAGCCACCUCGAAACUGUUCGAUCUACUCAGGGAAAAUGUUUAUUCUGAAGUGACAGCUUUGAUCGGCGUAAACGAGUCUCAUCCUGAUUUCCUUAUUCAAUUAUUCAGAGAACUCCAACUUAUUAGUUCUGAUUCCCUUAGACAGAGGGUUUUACAAUCUAUUCGUAACGUGUUGUCUCAUUAUGACAAUAUUGUAGAUAGCCAGACCAACGAAAAUGCGCACGAUGAAAGCAGACCGGAAGGUAUUGUGACUACUACUUCAGAAUCAAAUAAUUACCACGAAUGUAACACGAUUCCUUCUCAAAAUGCUUGCACUAGCACCAUGCAGGUCGAUAACAAGAUUGUACGUUUUUUGUUGCUGAAAAGUGAAGAGAUUUGCACCCCCGAACUUUUAGAGUCGUUGGCCGCUCAGAUUCUAUCUUCGGAAGGCGUAUACGCGCCGCCGGUGAAAAAGAGGCUUCUAGAGUUUCUAUCUAAAUAUGAAGGCGGGCGAGUAUGUGAUAUAUCGAGCGAUAUCAUCGAGAACUUGCCAAUUUUGGUGUCGGGAAGCGACGAGGUGGAGGAUUCGCAGCCGUCGGCGGGCCGGCCCGAGCUGCAGGACGUGGCGGGCUCCCUCAACCUGUUCAGCUCCAGCGACCCGCAGCUGCACCAGCUCAGCGCCUGCCCCUACGAGCUGUGGCCGGGCCACGUGCACGUGGACGACGCCAGCCCGCGCUCCAGCCAGGAGGGCAAGGUGGACCUGCUCAGCUGCUCGGAGAUGCUCAACGGCGACCUGGCCGAGGCGGACCAGACGCACGCGGAGGGGGGCGGAGCCGGGGGGGCGGGGACUGGGGCCGGGGCCGGAACAGGGGCAGGGGCAGGGGGAGGGGGAGGGACCGCCGCCGACCAGCUGCCGGAUGUCGUUGACACUGACGAGGUCACUCCUACAGAGGCGGAAGCGGAGUGGCUCGGGCUUGACCGUGUGCCAACGAGGCUGCACAUGGAAGAAUCAUCUGAAAAGCAAAAAGAUUGAAACUUGAGAAGAUUGAGGAAAACCUGACUACUAAAACAUUCACCAAUAUUUAAAUUGUAUCCUACUAUGUUUAGUGAAUUAGUGAUUGAUGUAUCUUUACAUAACACAUUUUCAUAUAAUAUGUAAUAUUUAUUUAAAUAAAUACGUAAAGUGUAUUAAA